UAAGCAGCGCCGGGUACGGGUCUGUGCUUCGGGACUGUUUCUGGUUCUGCUUCUGGUUGUGGGUCUGCUUGUGGGUCUAGUCUCAGUCUUCAGUGGGGCCGCGAAACGAGUUGUUGUAAAUAUUCGCUAUACUGGAAGAGACAGAGACCUUGAUUGUUUGCCGCCAUGUGUUGUUGGUGUGCACGAGUCUACUGGACGGUUCUGCACAACCUUUUUGCCCGGCUUAUCGGCGGUAUAGCGGAGCACCACUGUUGUUGCGCCGGAUACCAACGUCAGGCGAGCGACGACAAUGACGUGGAUGUGGAGAAACGAGUUUCCGAUACUGAUGACGAUCCCCAGCAGCAUCAGCGCGAUUAUGUCAUUUCGGACGAUGCAGAGGCAAACUAUGCGGAGAUCCCGGAACACAACAUCGAAACGGAGGCCUACUACUUCACGGUGGACCGUCCCACGGCUGAGCGAAUGCUGGCCGGAAGAGAGGACGGCGCCUGCCUUGUACGCCCCUUCAAGGCCACCGACGUCUGCAUUAAAUACAUCGUAAGCAUCUGCGUCGGCGACCAGUUUUACCACCUCUUCGUGCGACAGGUCGACAGGAGGCAACGCUACGCCAUAGGACAGAAGAAGCUCCACGAGCGAAUCUUUGGCUCUCCCCACGAGAUCGUCGAGUUCUAUGCCGAACACCCACUUCUCUGCACCAACAAGAGCCGGAGUCAGUGCGUCCGUCUGACGCCCAUCAGCUAUGCUUAGAUAGGGUUAAUCUUUAUUGGGUAAGAGUUGACGUAUGUACAAAUUGUGUAAGAGUAUCUUAAGAUUAGUUUGGUACGGUCUGUUCCGUCCCGGGCCUCAGGUGGCCACGACUGCCUUGAAGGCGCACUGAUUGUUUUGCAUUAGGGCCGGCCAGAGAAAGGCCUUGAUAAGGUCCGAGCGGCGGUCGGAUUGCGGAUGACGCUCGUGCUUCUCGGGGCGCAGGAAACCUAAGUGGAUCAACACAAGUAUUUUAAGCAAUCGUAUUAUGAUUAAUAUUAAACAAUAUUUUCUUACCCAGA